CCGGAUAUCUGGGCGAGAGACGGCUUCAGCAGCAGCCGACUGACUCAAUCUCCGACCCGGAGGAAAGAUCCAUCCAGCCUCCGGUCCGCAACCUGAGCCAGGCGCUGUGGCGGAACCGCGGGGGGAAACCCGGGAGAGGCAGGUGAAAGGAGAAGAGCAUCCGUACUCUGGACAUGUGCUGAGAUGACACACCUGUGAACGCGCCUAAACUCUUUUGGGAAGAAGCCUCACACUUUUCUCAACUUGCACCGUAGUCAACACUUUCAGCGAAGCUCAGAAAGAGUCCUCAGCGUUAGUCACCACAAUGUAUCGGUCCACCAAAGGAGCGUCGAAAGCUCGAAGAGACCAGAUAAACGCGGAGAUUAGGAACCUAAAGGACUUGUUGCCCAUCUCCGAUGCGGACAAGUCUCGUCUCUCCUAUCUUCAUAUCAUGUCGCUGGCUUGCAUGUACACGAGAAAGUCUGUCUUCUUCAGUGAAGAUACAGCUGCAGAUAGCAGUGCUGAGGAAACUGCAGGAUUCCUCACAUUUCAUGAACUGAAUGAGUUGGUACAAAUGAUGCCAGGCUUUCUUCUGCUAUUGACUGGAGAAGGGAAGUUACUGUACCUGUCAGACAGUGUCUCAGAGCACCUAGGACACUCAAUGGUAGAUUUGGUCGCUCAAGGGGACAGCGUGUACGACAUAAUAGACAGUGCAGACCACUUUAUUAUGAGGAGUAACUUGGUGCCUCCAACUUCACCUGACACAGAUCUUCUGUUCCGCUGCAGAUUCAACACCUCCAAAUCAGUGCGUAGGCAGAGUGCAGGCAAUAAGCUUGUUUUAAUCCGUGCCCGCUGCCUGUCACAAACUCCCAACGAGUCUUCCCCAGGAUCCUACUGGACUUCCAACCCAGUGUGGGUAUGUUUCUGUACUCCUCUGGAGCCUCACACGUCCCGAGGUGGAACUGCCCCAGACAGAGAACCACCUUCAUCUUCUGCACUAGAGAGCAGCUUCUUCCUGCCAUGUUUCCGUUCUCAGCACAGCCGUGACAUGAGACUUCAGGAAGCACAAAACAGUGUGAAUGUUUAUUUGGGUCUAAAUGUGGAGACUCUGCGGUCCCAAUCUUGGUACAGCUUCUUGCAUCCUCAGGAUCUUUCACAUGCCUCAGCUCAGCACUGCAGCCUAUUGAGAGAGGGAGGAGAGGGCAGGGCUGAGAUGGUGGUUCGUGUAGAGACUGCAGAUCACUCAUGGGUCUGGCUUUACAUGGUCUUGCAGCUGGAAACUGGGGAAACCCCUAUUGUCAGUAACAAUUACAUUAUCAGUGAGACAGAGGCUUGGUCAGUCAGGCAGCAGCUGAGCUCUGAACAAACCCAGCUCUCCUUGGUGCUGGGCUCAAGCACUUCCCAACAAGAAAGCCUAAGCUUACAGAGUCCAGAAACACUCUCAAGCCCUGACCAAGUGUUUACACCAGGAAGUAGUGGCCUCUCCGGUCAGUCAUUUGACUUCAGCACGGCAGCAUGCAGUGCGGGAUCUACUGAGGAACAAGGUGGCAGCUCCUCAAUGGAGCCUGCACAACUGGAGAGUGGCCCACGUUCCAGUCUCUCCUCUUUGGAAGAGGAGAGCUUCUUCCAACAUGAGCCCAGCGAACCUGUGGCCAGUCCUGCUUCUGCAUCAUCUCCCAUUCCAGUCACGGUUGCAACAGUGUCUGACUUGGACUUCCUCACUCAGAAUAUUCUGCUGCCACCAGCAUUCCAGAUAGAUCCUCCUCUACCAGCCUUGCCCCUUCCUCUUCCACCUGUGCCUACCUCCCAGGCCCAAGAGACCAAGGAGUUUGAGUGCACACCCCCAUACACACCUCAACUAGGUGGAAGCAAUUUCCCCUUUGGGGAACCUCAUUUUAGCUUCGAUCCUACCGGGGCUACCUCACCACCUCCUCUUGCUCCAACUGCAACAGUAACCACGACGAUGGCGCCAUCUCUUUCUCCAUCUGCGCCAACGAACCCACAAGGCAGCCCACCUCCUCCUCCAACGACAACACUCUCAACUAUUUUGCCUCUCACUAUAACAUCUCCAACCACAGAGAUCCUCUUCCCAGUGGAGCCUUGCAGUGGGUCGCUCUAUGAGAAACUCCCUCCUACUCCUGACAGUCCAGGUGAUGGUGACUGCACAGUUAUGACUUUACCAGAAGUCCGUGGUCCGCUGUAUGUUGAUGUCCCCCAUGGGCCGCUACCUUACCCACCAGAAGGUCUCCUCACACCUGAAGCCUCACCUGGAAAACAGCCCAAUCUACCCUUCUUCUCCUCACUACGUGAAAGAGAAAAAGAGAGAAUGGAGAUCUCGCUUUUAGCCCAACACAUCAGCACACUAGUAGAGGGCUUCUACCUAGAUCCACUCCUGACCAAGCUGGUUCCUUCCACCAUUUUUGAACGCUCUCAGUCUCCAUCUCUUGAUUCUAUGGGACUUGAUUCAAUCCCACUGUUGGGCGAAUUCUACCCACUCAAGUCUUGGAAAGGCCUGGACCUGCCCAUCUUCCCUGAUGAUGACUCUCUGUUUGAGGAGAGUGUCUUGGAGACCCUUCUGCAGGACCUCACAUCCUCCCCUCCCCUCUCACCGACACCCUCUUCCUCCUCCCACUCCAGCCCCCCCUCCUCCCCCUCCACUCCUGAGUGCUGGUGCCCACCCUUGCACUUUGACGGGGUCUCUGCUGUGAGUGCCGGUCCCUUCUGUAGCGUCCAAUCGGCGCACUGUAACAAUGAGGCCGGGCGAGGGGCUAUGAUGUUGUCAGUCAACACAGGCAACAUGGCAGAUGGGAAGGCAGCAGGCGAAGUUGCCAUGGAGACAGAGGCAGCAUCAUCGCCUCUGUUCACGAGCAUACCAACAUCUCCACCACUGCAGCUGACUGCCUUCCCCGCCUCCCCAGUUUUGUUGCCUGUCUCCUCGCCUGUCAGCCCCGCAUCGCCCGGCCUGCCCUGCGCCCAGUCCCUCCUCGAGGAGCUGGCCGCCCUGGAACCCAUGUUUGGGGCAGGUGCCUCGAUCGCCCCCGGCCUGGGGCAACAACCUGAGUUGUAUCAACUCCAAAGUCAUGCACCGCAACAGUGCUUCCGCAAAGAUGGGAGUGGAAGUGAUCCUCCGUUCUAAAAUAAGUCUGUGACUUACUUCAUUAAGUAUGGCAUAUUGUCAUAUUUCAUGGAGCUACUUUUGCUGAAAAGUGAAUAUUAAUUAACUGUAUAAAUAUAUACAUAAUGUAUAUAAUGCCAAAAAAGACUUGAACUUCCUCAAAUCCAUUGAGAGUAAAUCGUCAUGUUCACAAUUGUUCAUCUAAUUAUCCAUUCAUUCAUGUUAAUAAUAGUGCAACCCUUCGGUAGCAAUGCAAUAUACUAGUCUUAAACAAAUCCUAAGAGGACUAAGAGGUCAAUUUAUGUCUUUCUGCUAUAAUGUAACGAGCUUAUAUGAGUGAGAGUUACAGCUCUGACUUUGUAAGUGUAAACUGACUUACAGACUUGCAUUUGUAUUCACUUGUAGUGAAAAAACUCAGUUGUGAACUUUGAGGACAUGAAAAAAGCUUUCAGUAAGAAACAACAGAUAGCUAAUAGCUCAGUGCUUGUCAUCCAGCAUCACACACACAAAACCCAAUGUGUGGAAUGUAUUCACAUAAUAGAUCAAUAUUUGGUCAUUUCAAAAAGUGACCAGUUUCUAAAAGUAUCAAUAUCAGCAUGUUUCCCACAGCUGAUUCACUUUGCUCUCCAAUCUUCCAGCUCAGUAACUGUAAUGUCAGAAACAGUAUUAUAAAUGACAGAAUUAAGACUACAUUGGGCUUUGAGUUUGUGAAUGCAAUUCUUGGACAUAUCAUUUCAAAUGUGUUUUAAUGUGAUGUACAAAUGUGAACAAAUUCCACUUUGUGUGCAAGACAAGUCAAGUUUUCACAUUGUUCUCCUACUGGCCGGUGGACCCAAGCUGCAGCGGAAGCCGCCAGGGAGAAGGACAAAAUAUUGUGCAUGGCUUUGCAUGCACGGACAUUACUGGACUUAUUUCUAGCUACUACUGAGUGACGGAGUAACGAAUCCAUUCAACCGGCUACUCCAAUGGGCAUGGCUAGAAGGAAUUGCACUGGACUUUUGCAGCAUCAAUAUUUGUAAUGCUUGCAAUCUGCUUAAACUCUUGAGUGCCUGGCACAUCAAGAGGUUGCCGACCUAAGAGAAACAGCACCUUUAUUCAGUGAAUACCACGGUGACAUCGUAACUUUGCUGUUUGCGGUGUGGAGUGGUGACAAUGACUGUGUGAAUGAUCGAUUCUUCUUUUUUGAGAGGGGUUAAAAAAAACAAAGCAAAGUUUUGUUUUAAAAAAUGAGCGAGAAAACACAGAUGGGGUUCUAUUUCUAUUCAGUUACUAAUCGACACGGGUUGAGAAUGGUUCUAUUCCCAUGGUGUCGACAUGCUAACGUAGAGUUGUCUACGGUCAAGUAAAGGAUUGAUUCCUAUGUUCUAGCUAUUUACAUGCUAAGUUUAAAAAUCAAAAAGUAUUUUAUUGUAUGUAUGCUGAUUUACAGGGUGCAUGGUGCACAUGCCUCUAGCUAGGCAUGAUGCGGAACGGUUAAAGAUUGUAAUCAUUUGUACAUUUGUACAAACAACGGUCUGUACAUAUCGAAGACAUUUCUAUCGUAUGAGAUGAAAACAUACUUGACAUAUGCUAUUUAUGAAGAAUGGACAUUGUGGAUCAGUGUUCUUUUGUGUCGCUGAUAAGUGUAUUUGGUCGUCAAAACAGAGGCAUUUAUAUUAAAGUGCACUUAAAAGUACUCAUGUGUCGGUUUCUAGUUCCUCCCAAUGCCUUCCCAUUUGCCAACCACUGUCCUUUCCUCGCUCCCAUUCCUCCAUCACCCUUGUCGCUGUAUCCCUUCUUUUCAGUGCAUUCUCC